UCAAAGGGAAGGUCCAUAUUUGAAAACAUGGAUCCCAAGAAAGUGGAUGAGGACGACACGAGCGGCAGUGGAGACAUUGGCUCAGUCAUGGGUUUCUCAGGGUUUGGUAAGAAAGCCCGCACCUUUGACUUCAAUGCCAUUUUCGAACAGACCCGCCGAACAGCCAUUGAGAGGAGUCAACGUGCGUUAGAGGAGCGGCAGAAGGAGAUGGAAGAGGAAGGGGAGAGCUCCAGAUCAGUUAAACCAUCAGGCCACAGUCAAAGAGUCAAAAGCGCGGCAGCUUCUUCCAGCAGCAGCGACAGUGGGUCAGACUCUGACUCGGAACUUAUUGGGCCCCCGGUCCCCUCUCAAGGUGCCGACCAAGACGAUGAUGAUGAUGAGCUCGUGGGACCACCUCUUCCACCAGGCUACACAGGAAACACAGCUGACAGUGAUGACGAUGAUGACGAGGGGGACGCACAGGACGACGACGAUGAUAAUCCAGUGAAAAAGAUCCCAGACAGUCAUGAGAUCACUCUGCAGCACGGGACCAAGACAGUGUCGGCUCUCGGCUUAGACCCUUCUGGCGCCCGUCUGGUGACCGGUGGGUACGAUUACGACGUGCGGUUCUGGGAUUUCGCUGGGAUGGAUCAGGCCCUACAGGCCUUCAGAACCCUGCAGCCUUGUGAGUGCCAUCAGAUCAAGUCCCUGCAGUACAGCGUCACAGGUGAUGUCAUCCUGGUAGUUUCCGGCAACUCGCAGGCCAAGGUCUUGGACCGUGAUGGCUUCAAUGUCAUGGAGUGCAUCAAGGGAGACCAGUACAUUGUGGAUAUGGCCAACACCAAGGGACACACGGCUAUGUUAAAUAGUGGCUGCUGGCAUCCCAAGAUUAAAGAAGAGUUCAUGACCUGCUCCAAUGACGGCACCGUGCGCACAUGGGAUGUGAACUCUGAGAAGAAGCACAAGUCCGUGUUCAAGCCUCGCUCCUCCCAGGGGAAGAAGGUCACCCCCACGUGCUGCACCUACAGUCGUGACGGAAAGCUCAUUGCAGCGGGCUGCCAAGACGGUACCAUCCAGAUCUGGGACAGAAACCUCAGCGUUCACACAAAGUUCCACUGUCGGCAAGCUCACACUCCGGGAUCGGACACCUCUUGCCUCGCCUUUUCCUACGACGGCACGACUCUCGCUUCGCGUGGAGGUGACGACACUCUAAAGAUGUGGGACAUACGCAACUUCAGGAAGCCCGUGAACGUAGCCACCGGGCUGGUCAACUACUUUUCCAUGACCGACUGCUGUUUCAGCCCAGACGACAAGCUCCUCGUAACGGGGACGUCAGUGAAGAGAGACGAGGGCAACGGGAAGCUGGUUUUCUUUGACCGAGUUUCCUUUCAGAAGGUCUACGAAAUCGAAGUCACCAACGCAAGUGCCGUCCGCUGCUUGUGGCACCCGAAACUUAACCAGAUAAUGGUGGGGACUGGAAACGGCCUGGCUAAGGUGUACUACGACCCUGUGAAAAGCCACAGGGGAGCUAAGCUGUGUGUAGUGAAGAGCAAGCACAAAGAGAAACAAGCAGAGACGCUAACGCAAGAUUACAUCAUCACGCCUCAUGCCUUACCCAUGUUCAGAGAGGCCCGGCAGCGGAGCACACGAAAACAACUGGAGAAGGACAGACUUGACCCAAAGAAAUCCCACAAGCCCGAGCCUCCCGUUUCAGGACCAGGCCGGGGAGGCAGGGUAGCGGCUCACGGUGGCACUCUGUCUUCAUUCAUCGUGAAGAACAUCGCUUUGGACAAAACAGACGACAGUAACCCGAGAGAGGCCAUCCUGCGUCACGCCAAGGAGGCGUCGGAGAACCCUUACUGGGUUGCCCCGGCGUACAAACAGACGCAGCCAGAACCCGUGUUUGCAGAGGAGUCGGACGAGGACGAGGAGGCCGAAAAAGAGCCGGAGUGGAAGAAACGCAAAAUCUGAGAGAGACAUUUUAUGCAGGAUAGUUGACAGGGUGAGACACUCUUUCCCAGAACACAGAAUUACUGUCAGAAACUCCGCAUAGGAGCGUCACUUAACGCGCUAAACUCUUCUGUCUGGUAAUUCCAUGCAGCGCGUACAUAUUUAUGUACGUGUGCUUCUGUGAAUCAUGUUCCUCUUAUUGCGGUUCUUGAAUCACUGAACAACCUUGGGGUUUUUUUUUUUGCAUCUGUUUACAUAGUACAUACUCUGUUUUCAUAAUUUCCAUUGUCCUCUCACCCCGCAUCUCCAGUUGCUAAUCCCUCAUAAAUCGGCUCCAGAUUUUGCGGUCUGGAGCCGUUCGGUUUGUAAAAAGUAAAUCAAAAAAAGAAGUGCAACAGUUUUACUUUGGAAUGUUUUUUAAGGCUCAACAGAUUUUAAAACUGUUCUUCUCCAGGGUUGUGAUUUACAAAGCUCUGUUCGACCGUCUGCUAAUUCAGUUUUUAUUCUCUACGCAGUGUAUUCCACCUCCAAACCUAAAUAAAGGCAUUUCUAUUCUCUUGUCAAA